UCCGCAGCAUCAUAUCAUAUAUAGUUCUUUAUCUCUCUCGCUCUCUCUCUCUCUCUACGGAGUAUCUCUAAUCGUUUCUCAGCGACAACACACACCCUUCCAUUAGAUCCAUCAUGGCCUUCCCGUAUAAGCACUUCCUCCUGAUUGGAGCCACGGCCGGUAUUGGAAAAGCCAUGGCAGAGUGUCUCGUCGAACAUGGCGCCAAGGUCACUGCAGUCGGCCGCCGCAAGGAUCGUCUGGACGCCUUUGUCCAGAAGUAUGGCGCGGACAAAGCCCAGGGCAUUGUCUUCGACAUCGCCGAGACUGAAAAGAUCCCACAGUUUGCCAAAGAAGUGAUGGAGCAGUCCCCCGACAUCGACAGCAUUUUCCUCAAUGCGGGGAUCCAGCAGCCGUUUAACUUGACGAAACCCGAGACCUUUGAUCUGCAGAAGUUCCAGUAUGAGGUGCACGUCAACUUUACCAGUAUCGUGGCUCUGACCCAUGCGUUUUUGCCUUAUCUAAAGGCAAAGACGAGCCCGGUUAGCUUUAUAAUUACCGGGACCAACCUGGCCAUUAUUCCGGCUGCCACCCUCCCCGCGUACUCGGCCUCUAAGACGGCUUUGAAUGUGUAUACCCUCUGCUUUAGAGAGCAGUUGCGUCAUUCCACUGAUAUCAAAGUGAUUGAAAUCUCUCCUCCUCCCGUGCAAACGGAACUACACGACUAUAUGGGGCCCGCAGGAGCACAGCUCGGAAUGCCCAUUGAUCAAUUCACGAAACUCGCAUAUGAAGGCCUGCUGGCGGGCAAGGAUCAGAUUGUCAUUGGCGAGAUCCAGCCGAAGGAAAUCUUUAACGAUGUUCUAACCAAGCGCAGAGAGGGAUUUGAGAUUCUUUCUUCGAAGAAAAAAAAAAAAAUGCCUCCAAUCCCCAUCACAAUCAUAACCGGCUUCCUAGGCUCUGGGAAAACCACCCUACUGCUAAAUCUCAUCCCGCAACUCCCCCCCACCUACCGGCUCGCCCUGUUGAAGAACGAAUUCGGCGACGUCGCCAUCGACUCCCAACUGGCCGCGACGCAGUCAAUCUCGGGUGUGCGCGAACUCCUCAACGGCUGCAUCUGCUGCAACCUCGUCGGGCAACUCAGCGACGCCCUCGCCCAACUCCGCGAUGAAGUUUCCCCGGACCGCAUCGUCAUCGAGACCUCGGGGAGUGCGUUCCCGGCAACGUUGGCCAUGGAAGUAAACCGGCUGGAGCGCGAGCAUCCCGGUUCCUUUGUCCUGGAUGGCGUCAUCAGCGUGGUCGACGUGGAGAAUUGGCAGGGGUACGAGGAUACCUCGUACACGGCGAAACUGCAGGCGCGGUACACGGAUUUGAUCAUCUUGAAUAAGUGGGAGGCGGUCUCGGAGCGGCGGUUGGACGAGUGUUUGGACCGUCUCGGGGAUCUGGACGUGCACACGGCCUGCGUCAAGUCGGACCGUGGCGUCGUGGAUAAAUCCGUCUUGUUGGGGAUUGAUGGCGCCUUGUUUGCCAAGGAGGUGGAUUGGAAAUCCAACCAUCAUCAUCAUCAUCACGAGCAUGAACAUGAACAUGAUCAUGAUCAUCAGUCCGAGGUAGAGGUGCUUUCGCUCUCGCUCACGGGACAAACAGAUCAACAGACCGUGGAUGUAUCUGCGCUCGAACAAUUGCUUCUCUCCGCAUCCAAGGAGGAGGUUUAUCGGAUCAAGGGCAUUCUGCGCGCCUCCACACGCUCACCAUUCGCGGCCUCGUCAGAGAACCUGCAUGACAGGCCGUCGUCGUCAUUCGACUCGCAUGGCCCCCCAACCACAUCCUAUAUUCUCAAUUGGGCCUUUGGGCGGUGGACGUGUACACCGUCCAACUCGCUUGCGGAAUCGGCCCACCCGUCCCCCGUCGCGCGUAUCACCUUCAUUCUUGCCCGGGGGGAGUCGGCAAAGUGGAAGAAGAAGCUGGAGAAUGGGGGGCUGGUGCAAGUAGGAGGGGAGGGGGAGACUGCAGAGUUGACGGUUGAGCGACUGGUUUAGACUCUUUUCUUUUCUUUUUUCUUCUUUCUCUUGGAGCUGGCUCCGAUCGGAUAGAUUCAACCAAGAAGCACAUGUUGGGAGGAUCUAGAUGGAUAGAUACUACGAUACUGAGAGAUGUGGAUGUAUAGAGGAAUGUUCACGUCAAUAGAUGGACAAGGGUCCCAACGACCAUGUCAUGGCUGAGCUAUGAGUGAAGAGGGUCAUUUAUCAAAAGAGUGUAUAAUUAACUGUCAAAAUUCAAAUCUACUCUAUAAUCAU